GAAAAAUUGAAGCAGACGCCAGGACAGUUACACUCAGUUCGCAUCACGAAAGAAAGCGUUCCUUUGGUCGUGUCUCCGUGGAAAUGCAACACGACAGUACGAGGAAUCUUCAUGCACAGAAAUCGUCCACGUUCAUGUGAAACGCACGCGGAGCAACGAAGAAAGCACAAGUCGACAUUCGACAACUCCCUCAGGCAGGACUAUGCUCAGGCAAGCCGAAACAAGCGUAAACGAAGGAAAGAGAGAGAGCUUGCUCCUUUGAGCCCCGAAUUGGAACAAUGGAAGCUAGUUAACUUCAAACGAAUAUUCGAUAGGAUUCGAGCGAGGGAAUGGGAGAAAAAUAUUAAGAGGACUCCAUUGACGUACGUUGAUACACCAAAACAAUGAAGAGUGUGUGUAUAACUUUCGUCGCACAACGCUCUCCUAUUCUCUCGGUGGCUCUCGCAGGACUGAGAGAGAAUUGAGCAAGAUGAAACAAGAGGUAGAAGGGACCGGGUUAUUGACAUUCAGUUUCGGAGCUACGAUUCGAUGGGAUAAAAACGAUUAGCGCGUGGUGUUUCUCUUAUCGAAUUCGCGAUAUGACAUCUCCUUUUUAACGUUACGUGAUCGUCAUUCGAUGAGAGGUUCGUACGAACAUUGAAUGGGAAAAACACAUGUGCGACAUUUUAACGUGAAUCAUAAUAAACACGUGUUAUGAAUCUACAAGUUUAGAAAUGUUUAGUCAAUGUAUUUUAUGGGUAGAAACAGGACAACUAAAAUAUUGUGCAGUAAAAGUGCUUCGUUAAAAAUAUGAGAUGCAACAAAUAUGUUAACCCCUUUUCAGUCCUGCAUUUGAACACUAAAUCUUUGAACAUUCAAUAUGAUUGAAUGAUGAUCACAUAGUUCUAGCGAGUCUAAUAUCCAAUCUAUUGUAUGUGGAUGACAAUUUCGUUUCAAAGAGUUUUGCUAUAUUUUAUUCAAAAGAAACCGAAUAUUUUCAUUUCCCUUCAACUAUGAAUGAAAAUAGAAAUCGCAAAGAUUUCAUGCUCUUUCUCUCAGUCUGUUACAGGAUAUAUAAUUUAUAUUUUCUCUAUGUAUGAUUUUAUUGAUUGAGAAAGUCUACUUAUGACGGAUUCAACAAUAAAAAUAUCUGCACGAGACGAAUCGAUCAUUUUACAAAACACGAUGAUAAAUUCAAAUAACACGUCGAUAUCAACUUUGAAUUGAUAAAGAGAGAUGACCACUUUGAAAUACACGAAUUAAUAUGUACAGUGCUGCUUCAUAUUUUUGUUACGAUACAUUAUACUUCGAUUUCAUUUCUACAAUAUAGAACGCACUGUCAUUUGAACGGUAAAUCUUUGGAUGUGCUCUGUACGUACAGAAAUGGACAGAAUGAACAAAAGAUUUAUAGAACGCGUACCGUGGCUUGUGAAAUGUGACGUUAUUAAAUUUUUGUCAGACGAAUCGCGCAUGGUAAUGUAUAAUUUAAACUGAAACGAAAUUACAGCUCGUUUCCGGGAACUUGCCGUAGCCACUGUAUUUAUUCGAAAUUCUCGAACAGGAAAAGGCGUGUAACAAAACGUGGAACAACUAUUACGAAACGGUAACUAAUAUUUUGAUACAUUCAUCGAAAUGAUGGAAAACUUACCGUCUUUUUUUCUUUUUUUUUUUUCCCCCAACCAAUAUUCGUAUAACAACUUAAUAUUUCCGUAUUACAUAAAUGUCUACGUUUUUUCAUCAUUGAGAAGAAUAAACUAUUCGCUAAUCAUUCGCGUCUGUUUUUAGCAAAUAUUUGAUCCACAGCGGGAAUUAAAAUUUCCGUCUUUUAAUUUUAACACAAAUACGUAUGUACAUUUUUUCGCUAAAAAAUGUAAAGUUAGACAAAGGAUUCUUUCUCUCCCCCCCCCUUUUUUAUUAAAUAUUUUCCACAACAUAAAUAAACAGUGUAUUGUAGAAAAUAUUGUAAAUACUAAAAGUGAAAAAUUUUGUUCUUUUUUUAUUGAGAAAUGGUCAAGAAGAACAGCG